CAUUUUUCCAAUGUCUUUUGGAAUCUGAUCCUCAAGUCUCUUUUAAGUCCUUUCCCCUCACCUCAAACCUAUGCUCUCUAGUUUUAGACUCCCCUACCUUGGGGAAAAGAUUGUGACCAUUUACCUUUGCCGUGUCUGUCAUGAUUUUAUAAACCUCUAUAAUGUCAUCCCUCGGCCUCCUAUGCACCAACAAAAAAAGAUCCAGCUUCUUAAAACUCAAACCUUCCAGACCUGAAAACAUCCUCGAAAUCUGUUCUGCACCCCUUCCAAAAGCAGGGUAAUCAGAAUUGUACAUAGUACUCCAUAUGUGGAAUUACCAGUCUAGUCAUGAGAAAAUGAAGCUGGUAUUUAUAUCAAUGUAGAAUCUCCUCAGUAUUCAUUAUCCACCUUGGUAUGUCUUGUAGAGCAUUUUGUUUUGAAAGAUUGGUGCUAUGGCGAAUAUUCCUCAAUUAUUGUGCACUGCUCUACUUUUUGGGCUAUAGUAAUGGAAGAGGAGAGGGGCAGGGGAUGAACACAGUCUGGGGAUUCCACCUUGAUAUCUACUUUACCAUUCAUUUUCUCCUUGCACUGACGACUGGACCGAAAACAUUCUUUCCAGCUGGGUCUUUGCAGCAUUUUUUUUGUUUUUAUUCCGCAUUUUGUUUUUAUUCCGCAUCAGUCCCUUUAAUUUUCACCUUUCAAUUGGUCUACUUAACUAUUAUAUUACGUGCCACCACCUCGCCUUAGUUCUCCCUUCGUCUCAUUCAACCUGGUUGCAAGGACGGAGCUGCGGCGUCUAAUUUAGACCCUUGUUUGUUCGUCGAGGAUUUACCUCGAGCGUCUGAAAUCCUUCCAGCGACACGUGGGAGGAAAUAGUCUCUACAUGUGCGCUGCAGAAUCCGAGACAGAAUACUGGUUACGUGCUUCUUGAAGCUUCUUAGCAUUAAAGCCACAAUGAGUGGUUGUACAGCAAACAGCUCCGUGAAAUCCAGCCUAUUUACCUGAAAGGAGAGUUUGGGACACUUCAAAGUCAUACACCAGCCAGCACCCCAGAGUUUUGGGCACCGAUUUUUUUCCUUGGUAGGAAAAUAAUGCAAUGCAAGACCGAGGAAGGCAGCCCGUUUUUCUAACAUUUCACACAAAAGAACAAAGCUUUGAAAUCUGUGCCAACAAAACGUCAACAAGUACAGCGUUGCAUCUAAAUACCUGUAAACUCUGCAGUCGACACAAUGUAAAUACAGUUCAUGGAAAUAACAUUAUAACAAAUAAACGAGAGCUUGGCCUUAUAAUUGGAUUUUGUUUAAAAAAAAUAGGACAUCUAAAUUAUUGCUUUGAACUUCCAAGUUUAGUUUUAUUAAUUAUAUUUUGGAAAUAUACUUUAGAAACCUUACGGUAGCGCUCUUUACGGUUAUUAGUUAAUAUACUGAAUACCUGCAUCAAGAUAUUAUUAACCCGUUUAUUGAAUGAGGUUGUGUGGUGUCGCCUGUUUGACAAUGAGGGUGUUUUUUUUAUAAACUGCAUUAGAAUAAAUUAGACAUAUAAUCCACUAUUGGGUCAAACUACUGCGUGACCCUGUCCCUAUAACGGGAACAGACUCGGAAAGCCGAUUAAAGGGACAAGAGUGUCAUUCAAGGCUAAUCUAACAGAAGGGACUUCUGUCUUCAGAACCGUCUCCUCGGCGCCUGCUUACACGUUCAUUAAGUCCAAAGGAAAGGUAAGUUGCAUGUUUUAUUUAAAAUGUUUACAAAGGCUGUCUUCACCAUUGCCAAAAACCCUCAUAACAAACUAUUGAGAUAUUUAUCAAUAUGACAAGUAAUGUUCAUAGAAAUCUUAGAUCCUCCCCAAACAUACCAAAUGUUUCUGUUGAUUCUCUAUUUUGUAGGUUGUAUCGAAGAAAGAGAAUGUUUGGUUAUUGGUGGAAAGUCUCUUCUGUGUUUCCAUAUGUCCUUCUACUCAAUUCCAUUUUAGUGACAAAUACAGAUGUAUUGAAGAGGACUUCAGGUGAGAGGAGACUGCGUCAAAAUUCACCGGGCCUGCUUCAUGGCAACAUUAAGUCUCAUGAAACGGGAAGCAAUGUACAGAUAAAAGAUAUGAUUCGCCGACAUAAACGAGCCCUUUUGUUUCCAAAUGAUAUUAAACUUUGCCCAGAGGAAACUGUGUCACACGCCAUCGACAGCUACCUCAAGUAUUACAAGUUGAGAGUUUGUCAAGAAGCAAUAUGGGAAGCAUUCAAAAUCUUCUGGGACAGGUUACCCGAGCGGCAUGAACAUCAGACUUGGAUAGAUGCUUGCAAUCAAGGGCUCCUAAAUAUUUUUGACAUUGGAAUGAGUUUCAGCAAAACAGAAGAACACCAACACUUGAUUAUGGAGAAAGUAUCUCUACAGAUGGAAAAUGUAAGUAGUCUAGAAUCAAUCACAACCACAAAUGCAACAUCAUCAGAAAACAACUUUACGCUAGAAGCUGCUGAAAGAAUUUCCAUUGAUGGUAUUAACAUCUCAGUAGAAGGAAAUGAGAACACUACCCCUGGAGAAACUGAACAAGUUACAAAGAAGUCAUCAAAUCAAAUUGUGGAAUUCUUUAUCCAGCUUGCUGGGGAGAAUUAUACCGGAGAGGAACUCUCUGAUCCAGCUAUGUGGGAUUAUCAGAAACUGACUGAUCAUGUCCAUGCCAAGGUAAACUUAAUGAAAGCCUGGAAUGAAAGCCUGGAAAAGUGGUUGUCUGUGCCAAUCAAUGUUAGCAUUAAACUUAGUCAAUUUAUAAGCAACAACAACCACAAUAUAUUGAAAAGCCAGAAUCCAGACAGCAGUAGUAAUGUGACAGUUCACUGCACUGUUACAUUUGAUGUGAACACUGGCGUUUUACCAAACGAAACACUUCAAUUCAUCAACCUAAACUCCGAAAACAUGGAAGAUGACCUUCCCCUGGAAACUGAAAAUCAACCUACAGCUGCGUACACAAUUACUGACUUUAGGAAUUACAUAGUUGAGGCCUUGCAUAAGGAAAAUCUAAUCGGAAAUGGAUCACCAACUUUUAAUCCAGAGACCCUUCAUUUUAUUAAUGAGCAUUCAAUGAAUGAAGCAUUAAACAGCAUUAAAAUUGAACUGGAAGAUCAGACAAUAGAAUCCUGUGAAUUUAUGCUUUUGGCUAUAGAACUUUCAAACAAAGAGGAUGAAGACGGACAAUACCUGGAGAGUAAUGAAGCAUCAGGACAAUUCCAUUCAACAAUUAUUGAUCUGCCGUCUGUCCAAACAAUUGAGGAAAGAUGGCGGAACGCAGAAGCCUCCCCUGUCACUUUAACUUCUUUGGAGCCGCAAAGUAUAUCUGAGGAGCCAAUGCCACUGCCAAGCAGCAGAGAGUUCCCAGUAUUCGCACCAUCUGGAACAGAUGUGACCACAACAAUUAAUGUUGGUGAAAAAACAGAAGAGACCUCGGAUCCCCUCACAUCACAGAUCCUUGUAUCUGACGGUAUAAUAAAGCAGCCCAUUUUUGACAAAGGUACCAUUUUUGACUCCGAAUCUGGUUCUGGGAUUGAAGAAGAAUAUUUGUGGUCCUGGUCUACGAUAGCUUCUCAAACAGUUUCUUCCAACAAGCCACUAAGUGGGACACAGGAUAGCACUUCUAAUCAGUCGGGAGGUGUGAAGACUCAGGAUGAUUUGUCUAUGGAUUAUGAUGCCAAUCAAUCCGACGUUAAUAUCAAGGGAUUGAUUACUAAUCCAACUGCAGUAGGCAUGGCCACAAUCAUCUCAAAUGAAGCAGAUGCACUUUGGUCAACUGAAGCAGCUUCAGGUUUUGGUGCUGGAAUCAUAUCUCAUGUUGCAGAGGCAAUAACAAAAGAAGCCCCAGUUGAAUGGAUGCCAGAAAAUGUGCUAGAAUUAACAAUGCAAACAUCUGAACCAGCUGAAAAUGACUUGGUUGCAGUGUUGCCAGUCACUGAAUUAUCCACAAAAGGUCAAGCUAUAACAGAAACCUUUGUCGUGCAACCGUCUGGAGCACAGACAUCUGCCAGAGGAAACCAAGCCACUGAUUCAUUCAUCUUGGAACAGUUUGCCGCAGGAUCUUAUGCCAAAGGGCACAUGUUAACUGAGUUGGCCACCAUACAGCAAGAAAUAUUGGCAUCAGCUGCCACAGGUCACACAAUGAUAAAGUCUUUGCCUGCGGAAAAUGAGGCAGCAGAGACAACCACCACAGGCUCCAUUAAGCAAUUCCUUACAACAGUUUCCAACCUGGAGCAACUGACCACUGAGCAGUUAUCCACUAGCAGUGGUCUCUCUGCAUCACCAUGGGCGCCCACGGAACUGGGCAUUGAUUCCUCCUCCACGGCUCAAUCAAUACUGGAUUCUUCAAAUAUGAUCCAGAAACACACAGAAUUACCAAAUGACGUGCAACUUUUUAGCAAAAUACCUGCUGCAGUAGACACUGUGUCAUCCAACAUUAAUGAUACUGGAUUGAACAAUCCUGUCUUUCAGAACACAGAUAGUUCUACAGUCGUUGAACGUGGUACUCGAUCAACUACAGGGGUGCCCUAUUCUGAGUACAUUGCCAACACGUCUCUUGCAUACAGCGGACCUGAUAAUGGUGCUAAUUCUGCUAAUGAAACCAUUUGGGUUUUAAACCCCAGGACAACAUCUGCAGCGGUGCAACCCACUGCCAUACCGUCUGUCACAUGGGAUGUGGUGGGAGAGUAUGUUACUUUGGAGCCCCGUGACGCUACUGUUAUAGAGCACAAUGAGGUCAAAUCAUCUCAAAGUGCAUCGCAGGAUAAUGAAGAGUGGUCUGAGGUUCAAGAUAUCUCAGUUGAACUGGAUCAUUCAGACAUAAUCUAUCCUCACGAAGAAUCUAACAAUGAUGAAGAAAUGGCAACUGGCUACAGAGAAUAUGGUGCUACCGCACCAACAGAUCAACCUGUAGCAAGUGAUAGUCGUACAUCUUCACAGGCACUGAUAGUCUUCUUCAGCCUGCGUGUUACAAAUAUGAUUUUUUCAGAUGACCUGUUCAACAAAAGUUCACAUGAGUACAUAACUUUAGAGCAGCGAUUCCUGGAACUUCUUGUUCCUUAUUUGCAGUCCAAUCUAUCUGAUUUUAAGCACCUUGAAAUCCUGAACUUCAGAAAUGGAAGCAUCAUUGUGAACAGCCGUAUGAAGUUUGCAAAGCCUGUACCACAAGAUGUCACCAAUGCUGUUUAUCUAAUCUUAGAUGACUUUUGCAACACAGCAUACCAAAGAAUGAACCUUGCCAUUGAUAGAUUUUCUCUGGAUGUUGAAUCAGGUAAUGGUGCAGACCCGUGCAAGUUUCAAGCAUGUAAUGAAUAUUCUGAAUGCCUGGUAAACCACCAAUCAGGCGAGGCUGAAUGUGUCUGUGAUACUGGGUAUUUAAGCGUAGAUGACCUGCCCUGUCAAAGUAUUUGUGAUAUAGACACAGACUUCUGUCUCAAUGAUGGCAAAUGUGAUACAAUUCCAGGCCAAGGAGCAAUCUGCAGGUGCCGUGUGGGUGAGAACUGGUGGUACAGAGGAGAGCACUGUGAAGAGUAUGUUUCUGAAACACUCGUUGUGGGCAUUGCUAUCACCUCAGUCGCUGGUUUCCUUUUGGUAGCUUCCGUUGUGAUUUUCUUUAUAGCCAAUAUGCUCCGUGCUCAAUAUGCCAAAAGUGAAACUCGCGCAUCGAGAGAAGAUGACGAUAGCCUGGCCUCAGCGGAAAAUGGGACAAAAUAUAACCCUAUGUAUGAGAGUGAUGCCACGACUGCAUAUAGCCACUACAAGAGACGCUACCCACAUUUAUCCCCAAACAGUUCAAGCAGUGGAGAGACAUCUGCCAACUUCAGCAGCGAUGAGAUUCGACAUGUCUAUGAGUCCACUGAACUUAGCAAAGAGGAAAUUCAAGACAGACUUCGGAUAAUAGAUCUGUAUACUAAGGAUAAGCAGUUUGCAGAGUUUGUGCGACAACAUCAGACGUAAGUUGUGUAUAUUGUGCUCACAAAAUCGUGGCACGGCAGAAGGGACUGUUAUGAAACUUAAUAUUGUCAUAGUAAAAUGUGGACAUCUUCAAAGUCAUGGUACAAAUCACUUGGCGCGUUUCAGGAUUAAGGGAUCCCCUUACAUUUACGUUGCGUCAUAUAACGUUACCAAAUUCCUCAUAUUAGAGAAAUAAAAAAUGAGAUAUAAUCUUAAAAUUCAAUCUUGUUACGACAGGAAGAAAUUUUCACACUAUCUAAAAUCUAUUCCCCAUAAUAUUGUGGAUGUGACACACAUGGAUCAUUUCAGAAUAACGUUGAUAGAUAAAAACAUUAGAAGUAGAAGCAGAAAGAGGCCAUUUUGGCCC